AUGCAGCUGCUUCUGUGUCAACAUCCUGGUAAGACUGCUGUUCUAACCCCGAUGUGGCGCCAAAUUUGUGUGGCGUUGGUCGCGUCGGAGCUUUGGCUUGGAUGUUGGAAACCUCUCGCACUAGCUGGGACCGUGCCUGCUGAGUGCCUGAAGGAACUGCUUCUGUUGCCGUUGGAGAUGUUGUAUUGUGACCAGGCCCUUCCACUGGGUGACGUGCAACUCUGGCAGCUGGCAGCAGGCACACUUGUAAAGGCCUGCGAAGCUGUCUUCAGCAUCAUCUUCUUUAAUUGCGUGAACGACCCGAGCAUGUUAGAGGUACUUCCUGGUUGGUUGAAAGCAGCACGCUUGUCUUUCGAAUGGCUGGACAUGGAUGAGGCAAGGCCGCUGCGCGCCUUACAUGAGCAUUUGGCCAGCCUGCUCUCCUCGGUAGAGGCAAUGCCGGACAGAGGUUGCGAGAUCGCGCAGCAGCUGGCAAGGUGGGUAAGAUGCGAUGCAGAAUUGAAGCCGAUUCUUCGCCCGAUCCUGGACAGGCUUUUGCCAACAGCAAAAAUGAAUCCUACCUGCCCUCAGCUCGUGCCCCUGCUGGCUGACUUGGCUGCUGACCGAUGGCCAAGAGCAUGUCUGAACGAUCCGGAGGUGGUGGGCAUGCUGGACGUGCUGUCUACUGCAGAUGCGGCACUUCUGCUCCUGCGAAACAUUGGCGAAGAUGGAGAUGCCAGCGACGCCGAAGCGGCCCUGGCCGUUUGGCAGAGCCUCGCUGGAACUGCGCUUUCCGGAACCGUCGAGUGGGAGGACGAGGCAGAGCUCGGAGCGGGCAGACAUUCCGAGUGGUGGGUGCCACGCCAGCAAGUCUUGAGUUGCCCUGUCUUUCCGGAGCUCUUUGCCCGCCUUGUGCCGGAGUUGCUCAGGAUGCUGCAGUGCCCUUCAAUUUGCGAGCACCCGAAGCUGGAGGCGGUGAUGCAAGUUCGCGCGGCCGCCGAAACGACGAUUUCAGCCUGGGCAGCCUUGAUGGGAGACUCGGCAGUUUGGGCCGAGGCCACUUGGGAACCGCUCAAGAGCAUGACGCAGCGACUGGCGACACAAGGUCCAAGCGAGUCUUUAGCCAAGGAAGCUGAAGUCACGCUUUGGUUCUCGUACACAUUGGCUGCCAGUUGGCAAGAGCGGACGCCGGCAGCUGCUGCUGUCUUGGACAUUGGUGACCGCUUGGACAAUUUUCCGGCCCCGUGGCGAUCACUGUUGUGGAUGCAGGCCUCCUGCUUGGCUUCGACCGGUCCCUCCGAGCUGAGCACAAGGCUGCUCGAAUGGAUGCUUCAACGGCCACCCCAGCUUGCCGGUGCUCCUGUUCUAUUGAGCAUGACGGAACUGCCCUAUGCGUCGAGUCUCGAAAUGGCGUGCCGACAGCUGCCCGCAACAUCCGCCUUCGGCACUGCAGCAGAGCGGCUGCUGCGAUUGGCCCUGAUCGAGGUCCCCGUGAACCAACUUCAUCCGCAAAGCGUGGAAGCCAAAGCUCGGCUACUGCAAGCGAUGGCCCAUGUCAUGGGCGGCGAUGCUGCUCAGCUUUGCAGAGCGCUGCGGCAGCAGAUCCUGCCUUCCCUGUGUACAGCUGCCCAGGUGCAGGAAAACUUGUUCUUCAUGCGCAUGGUGAUCGCAAUUCUGCAUGCCGUCCUUCCGCGGACGCAUGGUGAUGCACAUCCUGCUGUCUCCCUGUGGCGGGACUACUGGGAUGCCAUGGAAAAUGCGCUUCUUCAUCGGCCCUGCUGUAUCGAAUCUGAUGGACGGGAGCAGCCGCUCGAUGCCGCAGCCGAGGCAUUGGCGGCUGCCUGCGCCGUUCCUGAGCUUUUCCAAGAGGCUAUUCAGCUGCUCGCCAUGGGUGCCGCUCGACGCCGCAAAUCCGGAUCGGAGAUCUGCCUCGCUGCUCUGGAAUCCGUGAUGCAGCACCUGCCGAGCCCUCCGCUUGAGCCGGCCUUGACGGCACGAGCCGUUUCAGCUGCAGUGCGCCAAGCGACAGAGGCGGUUCUGAGUCAUCCAGACAGCCUUCAGAACCCGGCAGUGUUGAAGGCACUUUUCGCGCUUUGGUCACGUGGGCUUGCCGCAGGAAAGGCUGCGGCAGGUUUGCUGCGUCCAGGCUUGCUGGCCAACUGCACGACUGUGGAUCAGUUGCUUGGCGUAUUCUGCAGUGCCAUGCCUGUUCAUGCUGAAGAGCGAAUGGUUCGUUGGUUGAAUCUUCUUCUGCCUAGCGAUGGUCGGGAGGAGCCCAGCACUGCCUGCACGAUCCUGCAGGCCUUGCCGUCGAUUUACGCAGCGAUGUUUCAGGCCUUAGCAGUGCAGGACUCCUUGACGCGCUGGGACGGUGGAGUCAUGGAUGUUGCGGAAUUCAUGUACAAAUCUGCGGAGAUGUUUCCAAGUGGGUAUCCGGCUGCUGUCGUUGCAGGCCUCAGAGCAGUCCCACAACUGCCUCCAUGGAACCAGCAGCAAGUCCUGCAGCUGCUCAAUGGCCGUUGGUGCCUCAAGUCGGCAUGUAGAGCCAUGACACCCGUCGUUCAAAGGAGUUGCAGUGAGUAG